UACGCCACCAACCUGGAGGAGGUGGUCAGCGAGCGCACCGCCCAGCUCCUGGAGGAGAAGAGGAGGGCCGAGGGCCUCCUCACCCAGAUGUUGCCACGGUAACGCACCCCACACACACACUCGUCUCCUUUCGGUUUCGAUGCAGAUGAGUUAAGAAGGUUUGUCGAUUGUAAAGGAGCAACCUUUUUUUUAUCUUCUGUCUGUCUUUGUGUCUGUUUUUCUCUAUUUUUUGCUCCUUUAUGUGUUCAUAUCUGCCUCUCAUUUGACUAGCAGCCUGUCUUGUGGACACUUGGGUGGGGGCGGACAACAAUUGACCUUGUGUAUAUGAAACACCAGAGCAUCAUUGUCCACUUUUAGAAGCAGUGCAAAGUUCAUGCAAUCCCAUGUUUGCGUUUGUGUCUGUCUGUCUGUGUGUGUCUGUUGUUUUGAUCUGGUUUCUGUAUUUAUAGAUCGGUGGCUGUCCAGCUGAUUGCUGGUAAGACGGUGCAGGCGGAAACCUACGACUGUGUCACCAUCUAUUUCAGCGACAUCGAAGGAUUCACCGCCAUGUCGGCCAAUCUCACGCCAAUGCAGGUAGUCAGAUAACCUUGGACCUUCUGUCUCCGCACACUGAAGGGGGAACCAGAUUUCGAGGGUGUAUGUGUCUAAAAUGGGGUUAUAGGGCUCUGGUCAAUGUAGUGCACUAUAUAGAGCGGUGGUAUUCAAACUAUUCAAACAGCGGAGACCUGGGGACCCAAAUCUAAUGACACAACCUUAAAAUCUGUAAAUUUCGAUUUUGACAUCAACAAAUAACCUUCAAUGCAAUGCAUUCUCAUCUCUUAUCAAAAUGAAAAGAAACAAUACAGGUCUAUCUGUUCCUCAGUUUAUCUCUAUCCCAUGUCCUUGACUACACGCCCAGACCAGCUGCAGGGAGCUAGAGGGGACCCUCCAUGAAAAGCACAGCAUUGGUAGUUAAAACAUGUCGUACUAUUAUUAAGCAUUAUUGGGUUAACUAUUAAUAUUAAACAAUCAGGUAAAUACUGUGAUUCCCCAUCAUUCCCCUUUUGAGACUAUAGUCUAACAAGUCUGGAAUUUUAAAACAACCAGUGAAAAAAAAAUGAUAGAACACCUUCAAUGUAACAUAUGACAUGUUAUAACCUAUGAGGAACCUCACUUGGUUACUGGUCCAACCAUUUACCCUCUACACAUACCAUAUACAGUUUAAACAUUGCUGCUGAUAUUAGGUAUAACAAAGAUAGUCAAGUGGAUCCUUUCUCAGUAAGGAGUUUGCUCCCAGAGUACGGCUGCCCAGGAGAGAACACCUGGCAAUCACAGAGUCUGGGUUUUCAGCCAAUAUUCCACUCCUACCGAGCCGACCCUGUGAGCAAACCUUUGUCUACAACAGGCGCAAUUCUAAGUAUGCAACAGGUCAAACAUCACAGUCUUCAGCAGUAAAGGGUAGCUCAGCUAAUCCUUCGCAACCUACAUUCUGGCCCUAGGUCAUGGCACAUUUGGCCUUGAAUUUGUUACCAGUUUUAAACACAUAUUGCAGCAAAACUUCAACAUGAGGAUGAGCAGCAAAAUCAAUACAAUGACUAAAACAUUUGCAUAUUCAGAUUUACCCCUAUGGGAACUCCCACAAGCGGUAAACCUGCUCCUACCUUAACCGGCCCCAACCCACACACCAAAAACUAUUUUUGUCCAGAUGUAAGAUUAGCAACCAUUUCUGCUCUAGAGAAGAACAAAUUGUCCUCAUUGUUGUGAGGGCCCAGCCGGGCUCUCUUCCGACGAUGACCAUCUGCUUCUGGGCCUCUACUCCGGGCCGGCGUUGGGUCCCUUUGGCUCGGGACCUUCUUCCGUCACUAGGGUCUCGGCAUCCUCAGCUUCCUCAUCUCUCGGUCGUCGGUUUCCAUGCGGUACUCUGGUGCAGUGGUUUAGAUGAUACCAGGUCGAGCUCCCCUCGACCCUUACGACAGUUAGUGUAGCCUGGGUGACGGUGUAGGGUCCCUCACGUCUCUGUUCGUUCCACUUCCUUCUGAAGACCCUGACGUAGACCUUCUCCCCCGGGAACACUGGUCGUGGUGGAUUCGCCUCUGGUUCUGGAACUCUGCUUCUCUCUUGUUGGUAUAUAACUUAAUGUAUAACAGUUAGUUGCCUGAUAUACUCUUCUAAUUCCCUUUCCAACUGUUCUAGAGGUGGACCCUCAUAUGGUCCUCUAAGAACUGGCACUGGCAUGGGUCGACCCGUAAGCAUUUCAUGCGGUGUUAGAUGCGUUAUUCUGUUAGCUUGCAUAUAUGGAGACCAGAAACCCUGUUUUCUAAGUUGUGUUACUACCUCCCCUCUUCCACAAUGAUCAAACCCAUUAAUUACUGCUGCUUAUAUUCUUCAUAUAAUUUGCAUAUUUACCAAAAGCCCCAGGGGACCGGUAAUUCCCCCUUUGGACACAUGACUCACAUCGUGAUUCAUGCGCCCAAAAAACAAAACAACACUGCCUGUUAAAUCAAAAUAACAAAUCAAAUUGAAUGAUUUGUUAUUUUGAAUGACAACCCUUGAUAACAUCUUAACUUAAUUGUAUCCCAUAACGUAAUCUGUUAUAUCAAAAGAACAAAUAAAAUUAGAAUGAUAACCCUUGAUAACAUCUUAACUUAAUUGUAUCCCAUAAGGUAAUUCAAGGAAUAGUAAAAUUGACUAGCGACAGGUGUCCCUCAUUCAGGGCUAGUUCUCUUUCUCUGUCCUUGUCAUGGUCCGAAUCACACAUAGGACUAUUGCUAAAUUAUAAACUUCUUCCUAAUCAUUAAUGUUUACAUAUUAUAUUUAAAUCUCACCCAAUAUCUCUAGGCUCUCUAGUGAGGGUGAUCAGGCCUCACCAGAAAGUCAGAACAGAGGUCAGAGGGCAUUCAACCCAAUUAAGUGAGUGUCUCUUUCCCUUUUUCCCCCCCUGUACCUCAGACAUUAUUUAAAGACAGUUCAAACAUCAUGUGUACCAGGUUUAUACUGGGUUUUUCAGUACAUUUGUUUUCAGGAUAAUUUACAUGUGUGCAACCAAAACUCUGGCAAUAGAAACAUCAGAAAAUGUAAUUGAUGUGCCCUUGAGGGUGUAUCAUUUGUAACCUGUGAAAAAUCCACUAAACCCAAAAAAAAACCACAAGAAAUCAAACACGGUAUUAACACCAUUAACAAAUAUUCAUAACAAGUGUGUUGUGUGUGGUUAUUUGCAAACCAUAUGGUACAAACAAACAAAAAUUGCCAGGCCUUAUUUAAUUCUUAGUGUAUGUAAAUUGCUGUCCUUUGUAAGUAAACACAAACAAGUGUCCACUUUCUUCUGCUAAAGGUACACUAAAAAGUGCUCCACAUCAGUCUAUUACUGAGAACUAUUUUGCAUCUGGUGGAACGUUUGUUAACAGUGUGUGUAGAUUGGGCACCUCUGCUUGGUAGUCUUCAACUACGUCAUUCACUGCUCUCAGGUCAUGGACCAGUCUCCACUUCUGUUUGUCUGCUUUUAGUACUGGUAGCAGUGGCAUGUUACAGUCACUCUGGGUUUUAACCAGUACUCCUGCUUCUAGUUUUACUGGAACUGUCAUAGGUAUUAGCUGCGUUUGUCCCGGAAAUCCUACUGUCUUUGCAUAUCUACCUAACAUGGGGAGGUGAAAGGCAUAAUUUGGACAUACACAUGAGUAAGUUGCUCCAGUAUCCAUCAUCAUGGGUGUGCCUCUAUCAUUCAUCUGAACCUGCAGCAUAAGUUCUUCAUCAGCCUGCAUAGUUACUGCCACUAGCUGACCCUCCCCUCUAGGAUUCUCUUGGCAUCCCUAGUAUCCCUGAUUUGUUCCUCCCCACGGGUUCACUGGGCCCUGUGGAGCCCGUGUCUGAGACUGCCGCCAUGCAUCUGAGCUGGUGUCAUUUCUUUGCCAAUUACCCUGUUGUGGUUGUCUAGGCCACCACGGUUUGGUAGGACAAUUCCUUCUUGUAUGUCCUGAUUGAUUGCACCUCCAGCAGACACGUAGAGGUCUUCCUGGUCCACCAUUUUGGUAUGCCUGCUGCUGUGGUUGGUGCCCUUGAUUCCUGGGUCCAUUAUUUUUGUUUUGCCACUGUCCAGGGGAUUGUUGUGUGUACACAUUCACUACUGGUAUGGCAGGAGCUCUUUGUCCUUGCGGUUGAGGCGGUGGUUGUGAACCUCCCUGGAGAACAGGUGCCAUUGCGCCCUCCUCUGGCAGUACUGGAGUAAUCACUGGGGCUUGUGUUUUCUUUUUGUCCUUUCUUGUCAGCUCUUCCAGCUGCAUUUGUCUCAGUUUUCUGUGAAUGUCUCUUCCCUCUCUGUCAGUUUCUGUUCGUCCUUCCUGUAUUUCUCCACUGCGUGGAUAACAUGGUCGCAGAACUCUUUGUGUGACUUUGACGUUAGUCCCACCACAUCCUCCAGUCUGCUUCUGACAGGCGUUGGCAUUGCCUCCAUCAGUGAUGUCCUGAAUAGUGUUGUCAUCAGUGGAUCCCCCUCUGGGUCUUUUUCUGAUUCUUGUCGCCACCUCUUGAGCUGGUCCUCCAGGUAACCUGCCGGGUUUUCUUUAUCCCCCAAUGGCUCCCCUCUCAGUGCUUUAGGGUCUGUUUUGGCUGGAUACUCUAUUCUCAGAGUGUGCCAUAGUCCUGACCUAGUUCCUGUGGCUAUGUGUAUCAAGUCAUAGCGCACAAACAAGUAACAAUGUUAGCUCCGUUACUGCCCAUAUCUCCACACAGCUGUGCCCUUGGAAGAUAGUAAAAGACAGAAUGUACUGAAAAACUGUGGUCACUGAGGCUCUGUCUUAACCAUGUGACCAGGUUACUCAGAAGCAACGAGAAAUUGAAACAAUACAGGUCUAUCUGUUCCUCAGUUUAUCUCUAUCCCAUGUCCUUUACUACACACCCAGACCAGCUGCAGGGAGCUAGAGGGGACCCUCCUUAUGAAAAGCACAGCAUUGGUAGUUAAGAAAUGUCUCUACUAUUGUUAAGCAUAUUAAUUGUUAACUAUUAAUAUUAAACAAAUCAGGUAAAUACGUGUAUUCCCAAUCAACACACAGCUGUAUCUCAGCAGAAAACCUCCAUGUAUAUUUAUGUGUGUGUGUGCAGUAGCGGUGCUUAGGUAAAGUUUAUGGGAAGCCAAGCCAGUAAAAAAGCCAUAUUACAACCUAUGUUGUGAGAUUUGUGUUGUUUGCUCUUUAACCCAUUUGUUCAUACCCCACCGUGAUAUACAAUAAGGCCGUGACAACAGAAAGAGAACAGUCCCACAUUGGCGGAAUGAAUUAAACUACAGAUACGUUUGUUUCAUCUCAAAACCGGAGAGCAACAUCUGUCCGGUGAAGUCCACAAAGCAAAUAUUGCAUGUAACAAACAGUUAUAUCACCUGUAACAUGGUCAAGCAAGUUCAUGUUUUCGACAGUUUACUAAACAACUACUGAUUUACAGUGCCUUCGGAAAGUAUUCAGACCCCUUGACUUUUUCCACAUUUUGUUACGUUACAACCCUAUUCUAAAAUGGAUAAAAAUAUAAAAUACCCCAUAAUGACAAAGGGAAAACAGGUUUUUAGAAAUCUUAGCAAAUGUAUUAAAAAUAAAAAACAAAAAUACCUUAUUUACAUAAGUAUUAAGACCCUUUGCUAUUAGACUCUAAAUUGAGCUCAGGUGCAACCUGUUUCCAUCCAUCAUCCUUGUAGAUGUUCCUACAACUUGAUUGGAGUCCACCAGUGGUAAAUUCAAUUGAUUGGACAUGAUUUGGAAAGGCACACAACUGUCUAUAAAUGGUCCCACAGUUGACAGUGCAUGUCACAGCAACAUCCAAGCCAUGAGGUCGAAGGAAUUGUCCGUAGAGCUCUGAGACAGGAUUGUGUCGAGGCACAGAUCUGGGCAUUGAAGGUCCCCAAGAAGACAGUGCCCUCCAGCAUUCUUAAAUGGAAGAAGUUUGGAACCACCAGGACUCUUCCUAGAGCUGGCCGCCCGGCCAAACUGAGCAAUCGGGGAAGAAGGGCCUUGGUCAGGGAGGUGACCAAGAACCCGAUGGUCACUCUGACAGAGCUCUAGAGUUCCUCUGUGGAGAUGGGAGAACAUUCCAGAAGGACAAACAUCUCUGCAGUACUCCACCAAUCAGGCCUUUAUGGUAGAGUAGCCAGACGGAAGCCACUCCUCAGUAAAAGGCACAUGACAGGCCGCUUGGAGUUUGCCAAAAGGCACCUAAAGACUCUAAGACCAUGAGAAACCAGAUUAUCUGGUCUGAUGAAACCAAGAUUGAACUCUUUGGCCUGAAUGCAUCACGUCUGGAGGAAACCUGGCACCAUCCCUAUGGUGGUGGCAGCAUUAUGCUGUGGGGAUUUUUUGCAACGGCAGGGACUGGGAAACUAGUCAGGAUCGAGGGAAAGAUGAACAGAGCAAAGUACAGAGAGAUCCUUGAUUAAAACUUGCUCCAGGGCGCUCAGGACCUCAGACUGGGACGAAGGUUCAGCUUCCAACAGGACAACGACCCUAAGCACACAGCCAAGACAACGCAGGAGUGGCUUUGGGACAAGUCUCUGAAUGUCCUUGAGUGGCCCAGCCUGAACCUGAUCAAACAUCUCUGGAGAGACCUGAAAAUAGCUGUGCAGCAAGAGGAUCCGCAGAGAAGAAUGGGAGAAACUCCCCAAAUACAGGUGUGCCAAGCUUGUAGCGUCAUACCCAAGAAGACUCGAGACUGUAGUCGCUGCCAAAGGUCCAGGGUCUGAAAACAUAUGUUAAUAUGAUUUUUCCUGGGGUUUUUAAAAUGAUAAAUUAGCAAACAUUUCUAAAAACCUGUUUUUGCUUUGUAAUAAUGGGGUAUUGUGUGUAAAUUGAUGUGGGGGAGAAAAUGCUUGCUAGCCUAACUUACUUGCAUGGGCAACAAUCAACCAGCAAAGUUAACUAGCUAGUUAACGUGAGCCUACUAGACUACAUAUUUAACUUCAAUCAUCUCAGGCCAGUGUCACAAUAUAUGAAUUUAUGGUUAGAUCAGAAUCACUGUCAUAAUCAUUGGCCUGUACAGAGAAUGAAGUCAAAACCACAAGUCCAAAUCCACAUCUCCAUUAAUGGCUUAGGAAUAGGCCGAUUUAGCAAGCUAGCUACUGCAGGACAUCAACACAAGCAGACCAGAAACAGACAAGUUUUUCUGACAAUUAUUAUGUUUAGCUUAGGAUGUGAUUUGAUUAUUGUGAAGCCAAAUCCAAACUGACCUCUCUUGGGGGGCGAUUUGCUGCGCCAGGACAUCCCACAGUUGAGCUCAGCUCAACGCUGAUUGGCUGAUAAUUGUAUACUUUUUUUAUCAAGGGAGGCCAAAUGCUUGCUGGCAUCAAUCGAUCAAAUGCUACGGCGGCAACAUUUCAUACUCUUUUGUUCCAGACAGCAUCAGAUACAUGAGCCACACAUACUGAGACAGAGGGGGCUCUGUUUCCCUCGCUAGGAGGAUUUCACCGGUGAGAUUCAGCCACUUGCAAAUUGACAGAAAAAUAUGAAAACACAGAGAGACUAAAUAUAUAUAUAUAUUUUUUUAAUCAAAUAUUUGAGGAAGCUUGGCUUCCCUUGGCAACCAUGAAUACAUGCCACUGUGUGUGUGUGUGUGUAUGUGUGUGUGUGUGUGUGUGUGUGUACGUAUAUAGGAUCUUAAUUUGGUCACCCUGUUGCAGAAGAACUUCCCUGCAAUGCACGAAAUGUAAAACUUGUAGUGUAUCAGAGGUUUAAAAAGGAUACUGAAGUUUGUAAUUUCCACUUUAACAUUUCAAAUUUGCAUCAUUCACAUUUCCUGUUGCUGCGGGAUUAUUUUCCUGCUGUAGCGAACUGGCUCAAAUUAAGAUCCUACAUCUGUGUCCAUGCAUGUGUGAUUAGACCAAAAAAUUAAUCAAUGCUGAAAGUUUCUUUCCCUUUAGGUGGUGAACGUGCUGAAUGACCUGUACACGUACUUUGACAAUAUCAUCGACCACCACGAUGUUUACAAGGUAGUCCAACAAUCUACAGAUGUAGGAUCUUAAUUUGAUCACUCUUUUGUUGCUGAGAAAAUGCAAACUUGUAGUGUAUUUGAGUUUUAAAAGGUUGUCUAAAGUUUGUAUUUCCACUUGGAAAUUUCAGACUUGAUUUCCCCUAAUGAAAAAUGUAUCAAUCCCUACAAAAAUGUCCAUUAAUUAUAAUCCACAUAUUAAUUCACAUUUGCUCAAAUUAAGAUCCUACAUCUGUAUUGCUUGUUAUAUUACACUGUAUUGAUACUGUAUUCAAUUAACGUUAAAUAUUUUCUAUUGUUGAAAUUUUAACAAAAAGACAUCUACCUGUAUAGCACAGGAGGUUUGUGGCUCCUUAAUUGGGGAGAACGGGCUCGUAGUAAUGACUGGAGCGGAAUUCUGGAAUGGUAUCAAAUACAUCAAACACAUGGUUUCCAUGUGUUUGAUGCCAUUCCAUUGCUCCAUUCCGGACAUUGUUAUGAGCCGUUCUCCCCUCAGCAGCCUCCUGUGAUGUAUAGAUUAGAAAUGUACUGUUCAAUGUGUGUAAUGUUGUAUGCAUGUUAUAUGUCUGUUUUUACCUUUUUACCUUGUAAGCCAGAGCGCCGAAGUCUAAUUGGCAUUUUGUGACAAUAUAAUUAUCUUAUCUCCUUGAUCUGAGUGGGAUCGACAUCGACUACUGUACCAACAAAAUGGAUGACCUGUACCAUCCUCUUUUUCAGGUGGAGACCAUUGGCGAUGCAUACAUGGUGGUAUCUGGCCUGCCCAUUAGGAACGGGGACGACCAUGCCAAGGAGAUUGCCCGCAUGUCUCUGGCAGUGGUGCGGGGCAUGAGACAGUACAACAGUCCACACGUGCCCCAGCAGCAACUCAAAGUCCGCAUUGGACUCCACUCAGGUACAAAGCAAUCCUUAACUAAGAUAAACUGUAGUCUUAAGGACAAGAAACAUUAUAACGAACAUCGGCCGUCCGCAGUAGAUCGCCUGCUGGGUUUUGAUGAACGGUGGCAAUUCAUCAUGUAGAAUCGUUGGGAAAUGAACAGGAAACGGCGGCUGAUGUUCUGUGGUCAGAGGCGAUAGGACGGCCAACCGCUUUUAACCGUUCGUCAACACGGCCUGUUUUGGCCUUUAAAAUCUGUCUCUCAGGUCCAUGUGUGGCUGGUGUAGUGGGACUGAAGAUGCCCCGGUUCUGUUUGUUCGGAGACACAGUUAACACUGCCUCACGGAUGGAGUCACAUGGCUCACGUAAGCUCACAUCACUACUUUCUAUACUCUCAAAAUGUCUCCCUUCAUUCGAAAUGUCUUCAAUGGAAAUAUGCAAAUCACAUACAAAUGAAGGCUUUUAGCCGUUAAAGCUGGAGUGCCUUCACUGCCUCGAAUGAAAUAUAUAUAUUUUAUUUUAUUGCCAAAAGGAAUUGUAUUUUUUUUAUUGCCUUUCAUCCAAAGUGCACCCUUCCUAAUACUCUGAUAAUAAACAAUGUAAGCUACAGUAAGUAGCACUCCCACUAGCACCAACCAUUCUCUUCAGUAUUCAUUAUGUCUCUACUGUUCUCAAAGGUUCUUGAAACCACUGCAUUCAGAAUUGGUGCGUUAACCAAAAUCAAAACAUACGACUCCGUGUAGAGGGUCGGCACUCCAAAAAGAGAGUGGUUAUUUGAUGCUAUUUAUUCAUUUCAGAGGCAACAAGAGUAAAACAAACAUGUUGAUAGUGUUUACUGUCCUCUUCAGCAUUGAAGAUCCAUGUGAGCAGCUCCACCAAAGCUCUCCUGGACACAUUUAGGACGUUCCGCUGUGAUCUGAGAGGAGACAUCCACAUGAAG